AUGCUGUGCUCUCAUGGACUCCAGUCUACUCUCAGUCCAUUCAUGGACUUCUACUGGCCUGUACGCAGUCUGUGGCCAGACGUCAAACCUCUGCUCUACCAGCAGGAUCUGCUGCAGAGAAACCUCCAGGAGCUGCGCAGCAGUCUGGAGCUGAUGGACAAACUUCAGGACAAGAUCCUGGAAGAGACAGAGCCUUUCCAAACCGCUGCAGCCGUGCAACCAGUCUCCUGCCAUCUGAAGAAAGAGGGAGAACACUUUGGCCUGACCCUGGACACUCAAGGCUUUUCCCCAGAGGAGCUGUCUGUCAGGCAGGUGGGCAGGAAGCUGAGAGUCAGCGGGAAGACAGAGAAGAAGCAGGAGGAUGGGAAAGGCUGCUAUUCUUACAGAUGCCAGGAGUUCAGACAGGAGUUUGAUCUGCCUGAAGAGCUGAAUCCUGAAGCCAUCACCUGCUACCUGGCUCCAGAUGGGAAGCUCCACAUCCAGGAAGCCAAAGAUAUAUGUGUGGAGGACGCUGAGAGAGAGCUGCCUAUCGAGAAGAGCUCAGAGGAGAAACCACAGCAGAGUGUUUGUUCACACACAGAAGACAGCAGCACAGAGACAGACGAUAGCACACAGGACAAACCUGCAAACAUGGACUGA